AGGGAAAUUAGCGAAGAGAGGUUGGGAUAGUUUAGUAAUCUUAUAUUAGAGUGAUAAUUGGAGGAAAUAGUUAACCAUGGUUAGUAAAUUCUGAAUUUGGUAGUGCUUUUUAAAGUUUUUCCACUUAUAAGGUAGUUUUGUAAAAUAAACAUGAUAUAAGGUAGUUUUUUUAAAAAAAGUGUCUUUAUUAGGUAGUUUCUAACAAUUUUUCCUAUUAUUUUUAACAAUAAUCUCUUCAAUGGGAAAAUCAUAUAUAAUACAAUUGGCUGAAAGUCAUAAUACAUUAACAUUAUUAAGAAAAAAAUAUUGAUUGACUCAAAAUCGGAGUCGGAUUAUUUUAUGAGAUCCGGCUCCGACCCUACUCCUACUUGGAGUCGGAUUACAUUUUUGUUGGAGUCGACUCGAAUUUUUUUUUUCGAAUCGGAGCGGACUAGGGUCGGACCUGAACUGGGUUGCAAUUCCUAGUAGAUUGUGUUGUGACCAACCAUUUGUAAAUUCCUGGAUUCGCUAGUGGUUAUAACUUAUGAGGAGUGGUGGAUUUAUAGGGGACGUACGGUGGGUACAACGGUACCCCAUUCCCAAAAAAAAUUGAAGGAAAUAAAAACAAGGAAAAUAAAUAAAAUAAUGCUGCCCAAUACAGACGCUACUCACGCUCCCCUUUGUUUCUCUAUCCUCCGGGCUUCUCUGUCAGUAUAACAUUUGUUUCUUUCUUUUUGUAGCCACUUCGCCGGAGGCCAGAACGUCAGAACGCCUUACGCGGUUCCGCCAGAAGAAGGCAGAAGCCCAGAACUGAGAACCCUUCUGGUUAAGGAUGGACAAAGGAAAGAAGCCGGGUAAAUCUACAGCUGUGUCCAAGUCCAACAAGAUAUAUAUGGACCUCAAAGAGAUACUCCAGGAGCAUGCUCUUCGUUACCUUCCUGCUAAAUCUCUUUGCAGGUUCAAAGUUGUGUGCAGAGACUGGAAACUACAGAUAUCAACUCCGUUCUUUGAGCACAGCCAAUCCUUUGCUUUCCGUUCUAUGUCAGGUCUCUUUUGUCAGUCUCCUAACGGCUCUAUCUCCUUUGUUUCCCUUGACCCAAUGGCAUAUGGCAUCCCAGACCCUAAUCUAACGUUUUUACCUGAGCCUGCUGAUUUGCUCGCGUCUUCGCAUGGAUUACUCUGUUGUCGAGGUUGCAAUGAUAAAAAGGCGUAUUACAUAUGCAAUCCUGUCAAUCAGAAUUGGAAGAAGCUUCCCCUGCCUGAAGCUGACCAUGGACAGCACCCUGCCCUGGCACUUGUUUUUGAGCCAUCACUGCUAAAUUUUGUGGCUGAUUUUAAGUUAAUUUGUGCUUUCCCGUCUACUGACUUUGAUGAUGCUUAUGAAUUUGAGAUCUAUUCAUCAGCUGAAGACUCGUGGAAAAUCUCUCCUGAGAUUUGCUUUGGUGAAAAUGGAAGGAUAUUAAAAGCAGGUGGCUUUCAUGUAAACGGGGUUGUUUACUGGGUGUCAAAUAAUUAUGCGCUUAUUGGUUUUGAUCUGAAGAAAAACCGUGUGAAGGUGAUUCCGUGUUUUGAAUUGUACGGAUCUGUUACCUUGGGCAUCAUGAACGGAAAGCUUUGUGCAUCACAUAAGAAAGGUUGUCAAGUAAAAGUAUGUGUAUUGUCCAAUGAGUUUGCAAAUACCAUGCAUAUGGAAGCUGCUAACAGAACAUGGGAAACAAAAACAGUUCUGCUUAGUCAUGCAGGCACCGGGCGUGCAGUGCAUGAAUCUGAAGGAACUAUUUUGGCUGUAGGAAGUGAUGUGAUCGUGUUUCCUGAUGGAAGACAAAUCUUUGCGCAUGAUCUACGAACUAAAGUAACUACAGAUUUGAGCACUGAGGUAGAAUUUAGUAGUAAAAAUGUUUAUUUUCCUUAUGUUAAUAGCCUAGUGUGCCUUUAGUGACUCUAAUUUAUAAUGGCGGCGCGGGACGAAGUUAACUUUGUGUUUUUGGUACUGGUGCUCACUGCUCAGCGUUCAGGUUGAUUGUGUAUUAGUGUAUGUCUAUAUUUUGAACUUC